GUCCAAAAAUUUAUAGUUUUAAUUCUGCAAAUGAUUCUGGUGGUCCUGCUAAUCUGGAUAAAUCUAUUUUAAAAGUGGUAAUUAAUCACAAACUAGAGCAAAGAAUUAUUGGAGUGAUAAAUGAGCAUAAAAAGCAAAAUAAUGACAAGGGGGUGAUUUCUGGAAGACUUACUGCCAAAAAAUUACAGGAUUUAUACAUGGCUUUACAAGCAUUUUCAUUUAAGACCAAGGACAUUGAAGAUGCCAUGACUAACACACUCUUACAGGGAGGUGAUCUCCAUUCUGCCUUGGAUUGGCUCUGUUUAAAUCUUUCAGAUGAUGCACUUCCUGAAGGAUUCAGUCAAGAAUUUGAAGAACAGCAACCUAAAAGUAGGCCAAAAUUCCAGUCUCCUCAAACACCAGCCACUGUUUCACCUCCAUUGCAGCCUAAAACCAAAACACCAGAAGAUACUAAGAUUAAGCCAAAAAAGGAAGAGAAAAAUUUGGAAGUAAAUAUGAAAGAAUGGAUCUUGCGGUAUGCUGAACAGCAAAAUGAAGAAGAAAAGAGUGAGAAUUCUAAAAGUUUAGAAGAGGAGGAAAAAUUUGACCCU